AUGAUGAGACAAUGGCUCCUGCUUUUGUCCACACUGCUCUGUGGCCUAGCUGGUCCCAAGCAUUUGUUCCAGCCGAACCUGGUGCCGGACAUGGCCAAGGUCCUCUUGGAUAACUACUGCUUCCCUGAGAACCUGAUGGCGAUGCAGGCAGCCAUCGAGCAGGCCAUGAAGAGUCGUGAGAUUCUGGGUAUCUCAGACCCUCAGACAUUGGCCCACGUGCUGACAGCUGGGGUACAGAGUUCCUUGAAUGAUCCAUGCCUCUUCAUCUCCUAUGAGCCCAGUACCCUUGAGGCUCCUCAGCAAGCCCCAACACUCACCAACUUCACUCAAGAAGAAUUACUGGCCCAGCUACAGAGGAAUAUUCACCAUGAGGUUCUGGAGGGCAACGUGGGUUACCUAUGGGUGGACGAUCUCUUGGGCCAGGAGGUACUGAGUAAGCUCGGGGGAUUCCUGGUGGCCCACAUGUGGAGGCAGCUCAUGAAUACCUCUGCCUUGGUGCUAGAUCUCUGGCACUGUACUGGGGGCCAUGUCUCUGGUAUUCCCUAUGUCAUCUCCUACUUGCACCCCGGGAACACCAUCAUGCAUGUGGACACCAUCUAUGAUCGGCCCUCUAAUACCACCACAGAGAUCUGGACCUUGCCCAAGGUCCUGGGGGAGAGGUACAGUGCUGACAAGGAUGUGGUGGUCCUCACCAGUGGCCACACUGGAGGAGUGGCUGAGGACAUUGCCUAUAUCCUCAAACAGAUGCGCAGGGCCAUCAUGGUGGGUGAGCAGACUGAAGGUGGUGCCCUGGACCUCCAGAAACUGAGGAUAGGCCAGUCCAACUUCUUCCUUAUGGUGCCUCUGGGGCCCAUGGGUGGAGGUGGCCAGACAUGGGAGGGCAGUGGAGUGUUUCCCUGUGUAGGGACACCGGCAGAACAGGCCCUGGAGAAGGCCUUGGCCAUCCUCACCCUGCGUCGUGCCCUUCUGGGAGUUGUCUUUCGUCUUCAGGAAGCUCUGUAGAACUAUUACACGCUUGUGGACCACGUGCCAGGCCUUUUGCAGCACCUGGCUAGUAUGGACUACUCAGCUGUAGUCUCUGAGGAGGACCUGGUGACAAAGCUCAAUGCUGGCUUGCAGGCUGUGUCAGAGGAUCCCAGGCUCCUAGUGCGUGCCGUUGGGCUGAAAGAAACUUCCUCUAGGCCUGAGACUGGAGCUGAUGAUCCCCCAGAAGCAGCUCCUGAGGUGCCCAAGGAAGAAGCUGCCCGAAGAGCCUUUGUGGACUCUGUAUUUCAGGUGUCGGUGCUGCCAGGCAAUGUGGGCUACCUGUGCCUUGACAGAUUUGCUGAUCCCUCUGUGCUGAGGGCACUGGGCCCUUAUGUGCUGCACCAAGUGUGGAAACCCCUGCAGAACACAGAGCACCUCAAUGACCUGCGUCACAAUCCUGGGGGACCAUCCUCUGCCGUGCCUCUGCUACUGUCUUUCCAGGGCCCUGAGGCCGGCCCUGUGCACCUCUUCACCACCUAUGACCGACCCACCAAUGUCACCCAGGAGCACUUCAGCCACAAGGAGUUGAUGGGCCCAAGAUACGGCAACCAGCGUGGAGUAUACCUGCUCACCAGCCACGGAACAGCCACAGCUGCUGAAGAGUUUGCCUUCCUCAUGCAAUCCCUGGGCUGGGCCACACUGGUUGGUGAGAUCACCACUGGCAGUCUGUUGCAUACCUGCACGGUGCCACUGCUGGGCACUCCAGAGGGUGGCCUGGCACUCACAGUGCCUGUACUCACCUUCAUUGACAACCACGGUGAGGCCUGGCUGGGAGGUGGUGUGGUACCUGAUGCCAUUGUGCUGGCUGAGGAGGCCUUAGACAGAGCUUGAGAGGUGCUGGAUUUCCACCGCAGCCUGGGCACCUUGGUGGAAGGCACGGGACUCCUACUGUAGGCUCAUUAUGCCCGGCCAGAGGUGGCAGGGCAGGCAGGAGUCCUGCUGUGAGCCAAGCUUGCCCAAGGGGCCUACCGCACAGCUGUAGACUUGGAGUCACUGGCCUCACAGCUCACAGCUGACCUGCAGGAAGUAUCUGAGGACCACCGCCUCUUGGUGUUCCACAGCCCUGGCGAGCUAGUAGCCGAGGAGGUGCCCCCGCCAGCCCCUGCUGUUCCCUCUCCGGAGGAGCUCUCCUAUCUCAUUGAGGCCCUAUUCAAGACAGAGGUGCUGCCAGGCCAGCUGGGCUACCUGCGUUUCGAUGCCAUGGCUGAACUGGAGACAGUGAAGGUUAUUGGGCCACAGCUGGUGCGACUGGUGUGGCAGAGGCUGGUGGACACUGCUGCACUGGUCGUCAACCUGCACUACAACCCUGGCGGCUACUCCUCCGCUGUGCCACUGCUCUGCUCCUACUUCUUUGAGGCAGAGCCCCACCAGCAUCUCUACUCCAUCUUUGACGCCACAUCCAGGGCCACAGAAAUAUGGACCCUGCCCCUGGUUGCUGGGCAGCGCUAUGGUCCCCACAAGGAUCUCUACAUCCUCAUGAGCCACAAUAGUGGCUCUGCGGCUGAGGCUUUUGCUCACACCAUGCAGGACCUACAGAGGGCCACAGUCAUCGGAGAGCCCACAGCUGGAGGGGCACUCUCCGUGGGCAUCUAUCAGGUGGGCAACAGUUCCUUAUAUGCCUCCAUGCCCACCCAGAUGGCCCUGAGUUCUACCACUGGUGAGGCCUGGGACCUGGCUGGUGUGGAGCCCGACAUCACUGUGCCCAUGAGUGAGGCUCUUUCCACAGCCCAGGACAUAGUGGCCCUGCAUGCCAAGGUUCCCACAGUGCUGCAGACAGCUGGAAACCUUGUGGCUGAUAACUAUGCCUCCCCUGAGUUGGCUGCUAAGCUAAGUCGUCUGCAGACCCGCUACGCAAGGGUGACCUCAGAAGGCGCCCUGGCUGACAUGCUGGAAGCUGACCUGCAGUUGCUAUCUGGUGACCCACACCUGAAGACAGCCCAUAUCCCUGAGGAUGCCAAAGACCGCACUCCUGGAAUUGUGCCCAUGCAGAUCCCUUCCCCGGAAGUCUUUGAAGACCUGAUCAAGUUUUCCUUCCACACAAACAUGCUGGAGGACAACAUUGGCUACUUGAGGUUCGACAUGUUUGGGGACUGUGAGCUGCUUACCCAGGUCUCAAAGCUGCUGGUGGAGCACAUCUGGAAAAAGAUUGUGCACACGGAUGCCCUGAUCAUCGACAUGAGGUUCAACAUCGGUGGCUCUACCUCCUCCAUCGCUGCCCUGUGCUCCUACUUCUUUGACGAGGGCCCUCCAGUUCUGCUGGACAAGAUCUACAGCCGGCCCAAUGAUUCUGUUAGUGAACUCUGGACCCGUACUCGGCUCGCAGGUGAACGCUAUGGCUCCAAGAAGAGUCUGGUCAUUCUGACCAGUGGUGUGACAGCUGGUGCUGCAGAGGAGUUCACCUAUAUCAUGAAGAGACUGGGCCGGGCACUGGUCAUUGGUGAAGUGACCAGUGGAGGCUGCCAGCCACCGCAGACCUACCAUGUGGAUGAUACCCAUCUCUACAUCACCAUCCCUACUGCCCGUUCUGUGGGUGCCACAGAUGGCAGCUUCUGGGAGGGAGUGGGAGUGACACCCCAUGUGGUCGUUUCUGCAAAAGUGGCUCUUACCCGAGCCAAGGAAACACUCCAGCGGGCCCUGAAAGGAUGA